GUGCAACAGCAUGGGGUUUGCGUCAGUGCCAUGUUUUAACGGCAAAUUAUGUUGAAUUGGAUGCAUGGACUCAUAGACUUCGCAAGAGCCAGCACAGUCUUGGUCGCUUAGCCCGUUUUGCGCCGCUGCGCCGACGGCUGCGCCGAGCCAACGGCUGCGCCGACGGCAUGCCGGUGUAUGAAGAGAAAUUGAUUUCUCCUUUGGCAGUCAGAUUUUCACAGGACCGAGUUCGAACAACCUUUCGAAACGGACAAAGUUUGGAGGAGGUGAUCGAGUUGGUCAAAGUCAAGGAAGUUGGCGACAAGUCAAGCGCCGAGCCGUUUCAUCCUUAUGAUGUGAUUCUACAGCCUCCGUUUUCAAACAUUGAAGUCGUGCGAUGGGGACCACGAAAGCUGAGAGUCAAUGGUUCAUGUGGUAUUUCACUGCCUGGUGACGAAAUGCACUGGUAUACGAACUGCAACCAAAGGCUCUAUGUCCUGCAAAGAGUAGCCGCAAAAUAUUGGCCGAAGAAAGUGGCCUGUGAAGUCGAUGUUCUUUUUACAGUUCCAAAUGAAUUAUUGAAAACCUACGAUUCCUCCACUGCUGGACUCUUGGCCGCUUUGAGUGAAUCAGCGCACUGUGAAAGUGCUUCAGUUUGGAACUGGGGCCGUGCUGUAACCAACUCCAAUGGGAAGAUGGACAUGGCUUUGGAAAGGGCUGCCAUGAAACAGUUGGAGAAGGAUGACGCGUCCUGCACAUUAGCUGAUUUGGUGAGCAUUCCACAUGUUCUCAAGACUGAGUCACGUGCCGAAGUGCUUGAUGAUGCCGAGACAUUUGCAGCUAGCACAUCAAGUGAGCAAGUCAUGGCCAGCCCACGAAUACAGAGUUCGUCCAGUGAAAAGCAAGAAGAAGCUGAAGUGGAGAACAAACCAAAGUGCGAAGCGGAGAAGGGCUCGAAGAAAAAGAAAGCAAAGAGCAAGCAGAAAGAAAGAAAAAGUGCAAGCGGAAAGAAAGAGAGUGCGAAGAGAGCAGAUUCGUGGAGUUCCAAAUGGCCAUCUUUCGCAGAGCAUUGGGAAGGGGUUUCAGGUCUGCUAGAAGGCCAGUGGCGUGGUCCCAAAGGAGAAACUUACCAGAUGAGCUUCGAGGAACCCAGUGAUGAUGAUGUCACUGGUUGCUGCACAAGGGACAGUGGGAGAGACAGAGAUAGAAUGAGCCAAAGAACAUUCUCCAUUUGCUAUGAGUAUGACACGUGCCUUCUUUGGUGGGGACUCCAACGCAAGUUCUGCCUAGAUCCAGAAGAAGUACGAAGCAACCCACAUUGUGCACGCUGGUAUGUUGUAGGCAAGGACACUCCUGAGUUUGAAUGGAAGCGCAUUGAAGACUCUGAACCUGCCAAAGGGAGACAGAAUGCAAGCCGGAAUGGCGCCCGAAAGUCAGACAGACGUAGGGUCGGCAGGAAUCAAAAACUUGCAAGUAGGGAAUGACAUGGAAAAAC